AUGGCCGCGACCCUGCGUAGCUCGCUGCUCCUGCUGGCCGCAGUGGCCCUAGCCGGGAUGCUGAGCCUGGCGAGCGCCACGAACUCUGCCAAGCCCCCGCGCCUGCUGGGCGGCAUCGUGGACGCAGACGCGACGGAGGAGGGCGUACAGCGCGCGGUGGACUUCGCCCUCAGCGAAUACAACAAGGCGAGCAACGACAAGUUCCACAGCCGCGUGGUGCAAGUGGUUCGCGCUCGCAAACAGAUCGUGUCUGGGAUCAACUACUUCUUGGAUGUGGAGAUUGGACGAACAACAUGUACCAAGUCCCAGCCCAACUUGGCCACUUGUCCCUUCCAUGACCAGCCACACCUGAAGAAGAAAGCCCUCUGCUCUUUCCAAAUAUAUACUGUUCCUUGGCUGGGCAAAACCUCCUUGAUGAAAUCCAGCUGCCAGAAUGCAUAG